UGAUUUUUUUUUCAUUGACAGUUGAAAAAAAUUGGCUAUAAAUCAGCAAACGAUUAAAUACAGCAUUAUCUAAUAAUUAUCCAUUUUUUUAUUUUACUGUAAAUUAUCGUUUUGCUCCUUAAAAUUAGUGAAUCAGCAUUUGCAAAAAUCAAUAUUCCUGAAGUUAGAAUUUUUAUAAUGAUGAGCAGGUGUUUUUCUUUCGAGAGAUUGCUUUUUUAUCUUUUGAAACACCUGUUGUCACCUCGAUUGGAAGAGCGUGUGCAUUUGUUUGAAUAGUUGUAUAAUUUGUUAUUCAUUUUUCCUCGGCGGGAUAACUCUUCCUCAGGAAGUACUAACAUUAUGAAUUUAUCUACAUAAAAGCUACGAGAAGAUAAAGUAAUUGCGGAAAUCGCUCAACUUUCGAAUUUAUUCGAAAACAUUUUUCCUCAUACUUACUUCCUGUAGUAUAUGUACUUGUUGUAUAUCUACUUGGGAAGUGUUCGCAGACGAGUUUUAGCUACCAUUACCUUUCGCACAACUUUGUCGAUCAUACAGCUUUAUUUCAACUAAACGCUUCAUUAGUAUUUGUUUAAGAUGCCCAGCUCACAUAUACCUUUACUGAACAGCGUUAAUGAGAACUCCUGCUUUGAUAUCAAAGGCCAUUACAGAUUAGUCCUCAUGGGAGCUGCCCACGUUGGCAAAACUGCAAUCGUUCACCAAUUCCUUUACGAACACUUUCCUACUGAGUACAUACCCACGAUAGAGGAGCUCUACAGAGGCGAGUACGAUGUUGGUAACACUGGACUCGUCCUGGACAUCCUGGACACCAGUGGAACCUAUGAAUUUCCAGCCAUGCGCAAGUUAGCAGUGGAUACUGGUGAUGCUUUCAUUCUUGUUUACGCCAUAAAUGACGCCGAAUCCUUUGAAGAGGUGAGGAGAUUGAAGGAGCUUUUGUUGGAGCACAAACCAUCUGAAGCACCGAUAGUUGUCGUUGGCAACAAAUGUGAUCUGGAAAAGCAAAGGGUGGUGCAGAAAGAAGUUGCCGAUACCAUUGUCGCCAUUGAUUGGGAGAACCGAUUUGUCGAAUCUUCUGCCAAGGAUAACAUCAACAUUGUCAGAAUUUUCAAAGAGAUCUUGACCCAGGCUAACUUCCCUUAUGAUUUGAAUCCAUCGAUCCAGAAACGACGCACUUCACUUCCUCUGUAUUCUUUACCGAAGAGCAAGAACAGCAACCUGACCAAGAACAAGAAGAUAAAGAGAAAUAGUUGUGCUGUUUCCUAAGAGAGGGAAUUGGAGAAGAUCCCUAUCAUUUGAGCCUAAGAAGUUUUAUUAAGUUUGGAGGUAUUAGUUACAGUUUAGUUUUUAUUUAUAAAAUCAUCAUGGCUUACUUUAAAUACCAAAAUGAGAAAAAAAAAUAAUAAUAAUACUUUUAAAUUAUUUAUUGAAAAAAUUUACUUACGGAUUCGUUGGAAAGGUAACAAAAUAGUUUUGAUAUUUAGUAGUCCAACUGUUUCUUCGAAUAGUUAAAUGUUUUAAAUCAUACUUUAGUUUGUUCUAAAAAAUUAUAUACAUAAUGAAAAUUUGAAGCAUAUAUUUCUCAAGAUAUUUUUAAUAUACUAAAAUGGUUGGUGAAUAAUUAUAAAACUUUAAAGAAUCGUGAGAUAUUAUUUCCAUUAAAAUAGCUAAAUAUAAAGUAACAAUAAUGAUUUGGUUUGGUAUAUUUUAAUUAGAUCUUGAGUUAUAGAAUUAAUAAAAAUCAACAAAUUCAGUUUGAAACAACCAAUGGAAUUAUAUAAAAAAAUAUGCAUACAUUACUGAGGUAAAUGCAAAUUUUAAUCAGUUAAUAUUCUUUUUCAUAUUAUUAUAAAAUUCAUACGUUUUCCUUUCAAAGUUAACAUUUAACACUUCUUUUAAAAUGCUUCAAUAGUGAUUGUAAUUGGAAUAUAUGCUUUACAUUAUUGACGUUAUUUUUAAGUAUCCUUGAAAUGAAAUUAUUGAAUUAUAGUAGAAAUUCAAUUUGGCAUGAAAUCUAAAAUCCAGUUCAAGAAAUGUUUCAAAAAUGAAAGUAUGCUUUUCUAUGGUUCAUAGAAAAAAUGUAGUUGUAAAAGUUAAAUUUGUCUUAAAGCCAUGAAAUGACACGAUUUAGUACAAAAAACUGCAUUUAUAAAACAUGAAUAUUUAAUUAAUACACCAGUUUUAUGUGCAGAAGAAUUCGUGAAAGUUACUAAUAGAAAUUUAAACUGUAUUAAUAAUCCUAUAGAUUUGAAGUGGUUUAUUGAAAUGAAAUUUCCUGUAUAAUUUAUCAAAUAGAUUACAUUUAUAACAUUCUUCAAACUAGUGUAAAAGAAUACUCAAUAUUAUAAUGUUCUUUAAACACUGUAAAGUAGCUAUAUAAUGCGUAUUUUUAUGUAAUCUUUUUAGAGAUCACACGCAAUUUUCUUUUUAUUAUCUCAGUUUGAGAUGGUUUCAUUGAAUCGAAAUAUUACAUACUUUUAAAUUAUGCAUUAAAAUUACAUGCUGAGGGAUAAAUCAGAGAUCUACAUAUUAAGAAGUUAGAUGUGUUUUUCAAUCAUAUUCAAUUUCAAUAUUAAGUAUGAAGCAGUAAUGUAACACACUUUGAAAUUUUUUUACUAACAAUGCAUAGUAUUAUAAUCAUGUUAAUCUUUUCAUGCAGUAAUAUUUUCUAUUUCAAGAAUAAUUCUCAAAAUUAUGAUUGCUAUAUGUUAUUGAAACAGUUUUUUAACUGUAACAUUUUUGCGGUUUCAAAAUCUCGCAUCACCUGAAUCAUUUUUUAAUUAUUAAUGUCAAAUGCAUUAAAUCAUAACUACUUUCUAUAAUAAUACUGCUCGCAAACACUUUGUCAAAUACCUCAAUCUAAAUUUGAGAUUUGUUACAUAAGAGCACUGCCUUAAAAGUUCUUGUGGCAUGCUACUGACAAGUGUGGACGGAAGCUGUAAUACUAUCUGUGAAUUGUGUCAUUAUUUAUGUGUAUAUGUGUGUAGAUAUAGGUGGCAUUGCUCAUUUGCUGUUCAUAUAAAUAUCUAUGGUCAAGUGUGGUUCGUCAAGUAGUAACAUCUUACAUGAAGUAGUAUAUUUGGCCAAAACGCCUGAAGACACAUACUAUGUUUAGCCAUUGAUGGUAAAGAGCGUGUUCUUUAACACCAUCUUAAAUAUACAUAAGGACAAUCUUUAGACGAAAAAGAAAAUGUAAGAUCCUACAUAUCUGGCAUCAUAAAUGGCUGUUUAGUCGAGGAAAAAAGUAGUAAAAAUCUGACGGAUCAUUAUCGAAAUCAAUAAGAUCACAAGGAAAAUUAAAAGCAUAAAGAAACCUUUUAUUUAUCAGAUGAAAUUUAAAAUUAAUUAUAAUUUAAUUUUAAUUAUUUUAAUAUGAUUUUUGCACUGAUAAUUCUAUUGAUUCUGUUGAGUGUUUUGUUUCUUUAAUUUGAAAAAAAAUAGUGUGUAAUGUGUACAUUAUUUUUUAAACAAUACAUUAAGGACGGUCUAACCAAUACGUCAGAUGAGCCAAUACGUCUGGUUGGUAAUAUCUCAGGCCGAAUAGCUUCAGAGGCAAACAAUUUGAAACCAAUUUUAUUUUUCAUAACGAAUGCAGCGCAAACAAGAAUAGGAAAGAAGAAGUGAAUAGAAGUGAAAGUUAAAAACCACAGUCAGUUGUAAUUUGCAUAAAAACAAAUUAAACAAUGAACUUGAAAAUAAUGAACAUAAAGUAAAACGUCUUAGUUAAUAUAUAUAAAAUGACGAUUGGAAUUUUGCAUAUCAAUUUCCAAUGUUAAUUGGAAAAGAAGCAUCAAGGAAACUAAAUAACAAAUUCAUACGUAAGGCGGAAAAUAAUUGAAUAUGAUUUUGUUCUGAAAAGAAAAUUGAACAUUUUAUGCAUAGACUCAUUUAAUCUAUCACUAUCCAUUGUUUAGUUAGAUUGUAAAAUUAGAGGUUCUAAAAAUAUAUCACAUGAAAUAAUCGUUUGAAUUCACAGAAUUGGUGCAAAAAUAUAUCACUAUAGAAUCUUUUAUAACUAUACAUUACAAAUAUCUAAGAAUGGAAUUUUAAUUAAAAGUAUCGAAAAUAAUUUCUGAGAUUUAAGUAUUUUUACAUAACCUUAACGAACUACUUAAAAAAUCUUUUAUCAGAAGAAAAAUUUUUCUUCCUGCCGUGAACGUUUUAGAAAAUUGACCUCUUGGUUUACUAGUCUAAUGGCAUAAUGCUUUCAUUUACUUAAAAUCAAUGGCAAGGAAAUUGAAUUUUAUCACUAAUAUUUCUACAUAUUUUACAUUCAUAAAGAAAGAAAAAGCUUUCUAUUGUGACGAUGUUUGAAUGUAUUAAAUAAGAUAUUUUCUAGAUUUCAAUUCAAAAUGUUCAAAUGUAAUAUUAAUAUUUUUUAAUCUAUACAUUUUGAUAGAAUUAAGAGAUGCUUAGAAAUAAAAUUGGUUACUUUCUUCAUAAGUUCACAUACUACUACAUAUUUUUACUCAUAUAGCGUAUAAUAUCUUAAUUUCCUUUACUCGAAGCUAGAAAGGCGGAUUACUUUCCCACCGAAGUAUAGUUUAUGUGCUGAUAUGAUUUUAACAGCAAAUGAGCAAUACACCACGCAAAA